GGAUUCGACGCUGAUAGAUACGUCACGCAAGACAUGUUGUUGAAACGAAAAGGUAGAAAGGUUUGGGAGAAGUGGUUCGAAGAGCUCAUCACUUUUCAGCAGCGCACCGGGCUGACGAAUCCACCUUACGAAGAGGGUGUGACCACAGGUCUCGGCGCUUGGCUGGAAGAGCAGCGGGAGUUGUACCGCAUCGGCGAAUUAGUCGAUAAGCGAGAGGAGCGCUUGCGCGCGCAGGGCAUCGCUUUUGACUCGCUCGAAGCGCUCGAGGAACUUGCUUUAGAACUCCGAGCUUUCCUCAACGAGAAUGGGGAAUACGCGGAGCCCAACGUCAAUUCACCGCUCGGCGUGUGGGUCAUCAAGACGCGCGCCAAAGUGCGAGACGGCACGAUUCGCGACGAAGACAUGCAGGCUUUAGAGCAACUCAACCUCGAUAUGGUCUACAUCCCGGAAAGUUGGGUUGCGAUGUUAAACGUUUACGCGGACAUGCGUGCGAGGCGC